AGGUGGCGGUGAAACGCCGGAGCCCCACCGGAAGCAGCUGCAGAAGAAGGAGCGGGCGCCCCCUGCUGAGUUGAAGCUGCAGCUACGCUGCGGACAGAAUCAAUGGAGACUCACUGGACUUAAAGCAUCGCCCCAGAGCCACUACAGCGUCACCAGUGGAGGAGGGCGGAGCUUCCCAGCAGCCAUGAUGGAGGACACAGAGCCGGAGCUUUCCCCCGCCCCCUCUGAGCAGAACAGCCCCUCCCUCUCCCUCUCCUCCUCCCCCUCCCCGUCCCUCCCCUCCACCCCCUCACCCUCCUCCGGCCCCCCCCAGGCGGUCACCCCCCCUCUGGGAAUGAUCAGCGAGGGCGGGGCCGAGCUCAGUCUGGUCAUCGAUGCAGAGGUGGCUCAGCUGGCGUGUCGGGAGGUGCUGCAGAAGGUGAAGCUGGAGCAGGAUGAUGACGUCGCCGACCCGCAGGGCGGGGCAUGUCCGGACCCGCCCCGCCCCUCCGCUGCCCCGGCAGCCGCCACCAAAGCGACGAAGAUCCAGGAGAAGGAGGAUGACCCCCAGGGCCCCGCCCCCGGCUCGGUGAAGAGUGCCCGGCGGCGGCAGAGACACAAUCCCUCCAAACAGUCGUGGCUGCUCCGCCUGUUCGAGUCCAAGCUGUUCGACGUCUCCAUGGCGAUCUCCUACCUGCACAACUCGAAGGAGCCGGGCGUACAGGCGUACAUCGGCAACCGGCUGUUCAGCUUCGCCCACGACGACGUGGACUUCUACCUGCCGCAGCUGCUCAACAUGUACAUCCACAUGGACGAAGACGUGGGCGACGCUAUCAAGCCCUACGUGGUCUACCGCUGCAGACAGAGCAUCUCCUUCAGCCUGACCUGCGCCUGGCUGCUCGGAGCUUACUCCUCCGAUAUGCACAUCUCCACCCAGCGUCACUCUCGAGGAACAAAACUGAGGAAACUCAUCCUGUCCGAUGAACUCAAACCUGCGGGGCCUCGAGCUCGCAGGGACCCCCUGACUCUGACGCCUUUCUGUCCCAUAACUUCCCCGUCCACUGGCCCUGGGCCCCUGGGAGACCACGGCCUGUCGCCCUCCAAACGAACUCACCAGCGAUCCAAAUCAGAUGCCACGGUCAGCAUCAGCUUGAGCAGCAACCUGAAGAGAACCUCAAGCAACCCCAAGGUGGAGAGCAGCCAGGACGAGGACAGCAGCUCCAGCUCAGACAGUCUGGAGUUUGUGACUGGUUCCCCCGUGCGCCUUGCUCCUCAGAGGGAGUUCAUCAAGUCUCUGAUGGGCAUCGGGAAGCGUUUGGCGACUCUGCCGACCAAAGAGCAGAAGACGCAGCGUCUGAUCUCGGAGCUGUCGCUGCUCAACCACAAGCUGCCAGCUCGCGUGUGGCUGCCGACCGCCGCCUUCGACCACCACGUGGUGCGAGUGCCGCACACACAGGCCGUGGUGCUGAACUCCAAAGACAAGGCUCCGUACCUAAUCUACGUGGAGGUUCUGGAGUGUGAGAACUUUGAGACAUCCAGCGUUCCGAUCCGGAUCCCGGAGAACCGGAUAAGGAGCACGCGAUCGGUGGAGAACCUGCCGGACUGCGGCAUGACGGCCGAUCAGAGAGCAGGCAGCUUCUCCGUGGUCCCAAACUAUGACAACGACGAUGAGGCCUGGUCUGUGGACGACAUCGGAGAGCUGCAGGUGGAGCUCCCAGAGAUUCACACCAGCAGCUGUGACAACAUCAGUCAAUUCUCAGUCGACAGCAUCACCAGUCUGGAGAGUAAAGAGCCGGUGUUCAUCGCUGCUGGAGACAUCAGGCGUCGCCUCUCGGAGCAGCUGGCUCAGGCCCCCACCACCUUCAAGCGCGACCCUGAGGACCCGUCAGCUGUGGCCCUGAAGGAGCCGUGGGAGGAGAAGGUCCGGCGGAUCAGAGAGGGCUCUCCGUACGGUCACCUCCCUGUGUGGAGGCUGUUGUCUGUUAUAGUUAAAUGUGGAGAUGACCUUCGUCAGGAGCUUCUCGCCUUCCAGGUGCUGCAGCAGCUCAAGUCCAUCUGGGAGCAGGAGCGUGUGCCACUCUGGAUCAAGCCCUAUAAGAUCCUGGUACUGUCGUCGGACAGCGGGAUGAUCGAGCCUGUGAUGAACGCUGUGUCGCUCCACCAGGUGAAGAAGCAGAGUCAGCUGUCGCUGCUCGACUACUUCCUGCAGGAGCACGGCGCUCCGACCACCGAAGCCUUCCUGUCGGCGCAGAGGAACUUCGUCCAGAGCUGCGCCGGCUACAGCCUCAUCUGCUACCUGCUGCAGGUCAAAGACAGGCACAACGGGAACAUCCUGCUGGACGCUGAAGGUCACAUCAUCCACAUCGACUUCGGCUUCAUCCUCUCCAGCUCGCCCAAAAACCUUGGCUUCGAAACGUCCGCUUUCAAACUCACCACCGAGUUUGUUGACGUGAUGGGCGGGUCGGACGGAGACAUGUUCAACUACUACAGGAUGUUGAUGCUUCAGGGUUUGAUCGCAGCCAGAAAACACAUGGAGAGAGUUUUACAGAUUGUAGAGAUCAUGCAGCAAGGCACCCAGCUGCCCUGUUUCCAUGGUAGCAGCACCCUGCGGGGGCUGAAGGAGCGUUUCCACAUGAGUCUAACGGAGGAGCAACUGCAGCUGCUGGUGGAUCAGCUAGUCGACGGCUCCAUGAGGUCACUGACCACCAAACUGUACGACGGCUUCCAGUACCUCACCAACGGCAUCAUGUGACGUGUGUGUGUGUGUGUGUGUGUGUGUGUGUGUGUGUGUGUGUGUGUGUGUGUGUGUGUGUGUGUGUGUGUGUGUGUGUGUGUGUGUGUGUGUGUGUGUGUGUGUGUGUGUGUGUGUGUGUGUGUGUGUGUGUGUGCGCGUGCGUGAAACUCGACUGCAGAGACUGAGCCGUUGUUUGUUUUAUUCCACUUUUUUCUUCCUGUCUUUUUUUUCUUUGAAGAAUUUUCUGUUUGUGUCAUUAUAUUUUUCAACUAUCCCCCCCCUUUUCCAUAUUUGGGCAGACGUUCCUGAUUGGCUGCUCUGUGUGAGUCUUGGCCAAUCAGAGAGCAGCCCAGUUUUAGCUGUAGAUGUGAACAUUGUGCAGCGGGAAGUGACGUCACGAGCAGGAAGUGACCUCACGAGCACAAGGAUUCUUUAAAGGACCACGCCGAUGUUUUUCAUGUUUUAGCUUUUAACUGCAGAUUAAAACAAACCAGUGUCGACCUGCA